AUGGAAGACGAAAGUGAUUUUAUCGAAGGAAAUGAAGAAGAAUCAGAAGCAGAAGAAGGUCUAGAUCCCGGAAAUCCAGAAGAUUAUUUUGCCAUAAUCGAGUCAGAAUUUAAUAAGACCCUCAUUCUCAUUGAACAAAGCCCGGAAUCUGCCCAAUAUGCUGGCGAUUAUACCAAACUCUUUGAAGCCUUCUAUCAAGCAUUCACUAAACAAAAAGAGUUGGAGGGGGUAACAACAGAACAAAAGGAAGACAUAGAGAACAAAGGUAACAAGUUGGACCUGGCUAUGAAACUAGCAGAUGAAGACAAGAAGACCAUUGACAAUCUCAAGGAACAAAUCCAACACGCUUGGCGACUUGCAGACGAGGCUCAUGCCAGGGAACAGCUUGCACAAGAGAUCAUAGACAACCUCAGGAGGCAGGUAGAGAACCUUAACAAGGAGAUCGAGUUCAACAGGAAGAUGUUGAGCCAGGACACCGAGGAGGAAGUGGAAAUGAGCAAACAUAAAGAUGGAUUAGAGAGAGAAAGAGACAGGCUCGUCAACGAGGUGAACCAACUGACCACAAAAUUGGCAAAUGCUCUUAGUUAUCAGGAAGAGUUGGAAAGAAAGAACUCUGAAGCUGACCUGAAAAUGAAUGAAAUUGCGGGGCAGCUAGAGGAUUCAGGUGGCGAAAUCAAUAGACAAAAGAGAGCAAUGGAAAAACUAGAGUCGGACAUAGGGGAUCUGAGAAUGAAACUAGAUGAUAAAGAUAAGAGCAUCAACGACUUAAACACGCUUGUGGAUACCAUUACGAAACAAAUGGAGUAUUAUGAACAAGAAGUGAGGGAGUACAGAAAUGCAUACGAGAAAAGUGCAAAAGAUUUGGAACAGUUAACAGGGAAACAUACGAAGCUUCAAGAUGACUAUAACAAUGCCCUAUUCGAGAGAGAUAAAGUCAAAACUAAUCUGAAUGAAAAAUCUAUGGAAUGUAAGAACCUUGGAGAUCAAUCGACAAAGAUGAAAUUAGAAAAUUCUAAGCUGAUGAAGGUACGAGUGAUAUUAGAGAAAAAGAUUCGCGCUAUUCAACACGAGGAAGACGAAAUCGCUGCAGACCGCAAUAAUCUACGUGUGAGACUAAUGACGAUGGAAAGACAAAUCGAGGAGAUCAAGAAAUUCUACGAUGAAGACAAGAGGACGAUUGAAACGUUAACAAAAGAAAAAGAUGUCCUAAACAAAACAGUGCAAAGGCAACAGGGAAUACAGAAGGACCUGAACAAACUGAUCCAGAUUCAAGAACAGAGCAGAAAAAAGCUCGAGGUGGAACUGGACACUUUCUUCUUGGAGAACAGCAAGCUGAAAAAGAUCAUGAGCCAGUUGGAAAGGGAACGAGAUAGAUUAGCUGAGGAACAGUUGGAUCUCUCUAGAGUCAUCGAGGAGCACGUCGAAGACGUUAGGAGUAAGAAAGCUUAUAUUUUGGAACUAAAGAAAAAUGUAUCGGAUCAAGAGGACAACGUGCGCCAGCAACAUACUCUCUACGAAACAAUGAGAUCAGAACGAAACGCUUUGCAAAAAAAUCUGCAAGAAUCUAAUGCCGAAUGCGAAGAAUUGAGAAAGAAACUCAAAAUUGUCCUGCACCAGACAGAGCAACUGAAAGAAGACAUUAGCGUAAAAGAGAAACUCCUGGUAAAGGACGAGAACAUCAUGAGGAAGAUAAACAAAGAAAAAGAAAACUUAAAGAUAGAACUAAUGUCGAGCUUGGACCAAAUCAGGGUUUUGAAAGGAGAUAUAAAGGAACUCAAGGAUGAAGAAAAGAGAUUGCAUAAAACUAUUAUGCAAAACGAAAAAACGAUAAGAGAUCAGUCAAAGGACUUGGAACAACUUAUGAACGAGAGGGAUGUAUUAGGUUCGCAAUUGGUCAGAAGGAACGACGAAAUAGCUCUGUUGAAUGAAAAAAUUCGUAUUUUGCAAACCACUCUGGCUAGAGGGGAAACUCAGUACGAUCAGAGGUUGGAUGACAUAAAACUUCUGAAGCUUGAGGUGAAGAGGUUGAGACAGGAAAAAACUCUCAUGUCCAAAAACAUGUCCAAUAUGGUAGAUCUGCGUCAAGAAAUAUUCCACUUGGAAAGGGACUUAACCAAGAGCAGACUGAAAUGUAAGGCAUUGGAGCAAGAAGCGCAACAUCCUCUGAAUAUUCACAGAUGGAGAAAAUUGGAAGGAUCAGACCCUGAGCUUAUGGACCUACUGCAAAAACUUCAAAUUCAACAAAAGCGAUUACUGCACCAGGCGUCUGAAGCCGUAGAGAGGGAAAGACACCUUAAAGAAGCACAACAUUUGUAUUUAAACCUGAAAGGGGUGUUAGCGAAACAACCGGGGCCGGGAAUUCAGGAGCAGUUACUGAAAACACAGAGGGCGCUGAAAAUUAGAGGCGACAAACUCAAAAGUUUAGUGUCUGAAUUGAACAUGGCCGAAUUAAAAGCAGCAGAGUACAAAUCAGAUCUCCAGAGGGUCACCGACGAAUUAGCUGAAUUGAAGAGGAAAUAUUUGGAAGAGAAAAAGGCAAAUCGAACGCAGCGCAUGGCAGUCACAACAAGCCGAGAACUGAACCGCAGCCGCGGAGACGCUAACGAAGUGAAAUUUACUGGUGGCGGUUUUCGAAUGUCUGUGCCACAAAUUUCCACAAAAUAGCCUUUCUAAAAAAUCCCCUGUCCGUUAAAUAACUUCCUAGAGUGUACUCUCCUUUACUUGUAGGUUGUAGGUUAAAGAAAAUGUCAAAGGUUUUAGAAGUUUGUGUUGACAGUAUUGAGUCGGCUGAAAAUGCGAUUACCGGUGGAGCCGACCGGCU